AAGCCUCCACCUCCACUCCUCGACAUGGCUGCAAAGAGGGCAGCAGCAGCGCUGCGGCCGGCUGCCAAUGGCCUGAAGGCGUCCUCUACGCAACCUCGCUGCUAUUCAACCCCUCAAUUGUCGCCCCGACGCCUCUCCAUCCAGCCUCCCCGACCCCGCAGGCCUGCACCGCUACGGCAGCCUUCGGUCCACUAUGCCUCGUCUGACUCCAAAGGCGAGGAGCCGGGAAAGACGGGGCUGUAUGAGCUUCACACCAGAUAUGGCGCCAAGUUCGUCCCCUUCGGCGGAUAUUCCAUGCCCGUGCAGUACGGCGACCUGAGCAUCGUGGAUUCGCACAACUGGACGCGAGAAAAGGCGAGCUUGUUCGAUGUCGGGCACAUGGUACAGCACGAGUUCUCUGGGCCCGGCGCCGAAGCCUUCCUCCAGCGUAUAACGCCGUCCUCGCUCUCGUCCCUCCCGGAAUACAACUCCACCCUAUCGACCCUCCUCCACCGCGAAACUGGCGGCAUCGUCGACGACACGGUGAUUGCCCGCCUCCCAGACAAGUUCUACGUCGUCACGAACGCCGGCUGCAGGGAGAAAGACAAGGCAUACCUGACCGCGGAAUUGGAGUCCUGGAAGAAGGACCACCCUGACCAGCCCGUGGACUGGAAGGUCAUGGACGGUCAAGGUCUCAUUGCUCUACAAGGACCGCUGGCGGCAGACAUCCUUGGUCGCGUGCUCGACCCCCAGUCAGCGCACGCCCUACAGACUCUCUACUUCGGCCAAUCUACGCACGCCAUGGUCAAAGGGACGGACACACAAGUUCUGGUCAGCCGGGCUGGGUACACCGGAGAAGACGGCUUUGAGAUUAGCAUUCCACCCUAUGCAACUGAGGCUGUCACCCAGUUCCUGCUUGAUUCCGCGAAGGACGAACUACGCUUGGCAGGACUAGGAGCACGAGACACCUUGCGGUUGGAGGCUGGCAUGUGUCUAUACGGCCACGAUCUCGACGACACCAUUACACCGGUCGAAGCGGCUCUGUCCUGGAUCAUCGGCAAGGACCGACGCGCAAACGGAGGCUUCCACGGCGACUCUGUCAUCCUUCAGCAGCUGAGGAAGAAGUCCGAAGGCGGUGGCGUGUCCCGUAGGCGUGUUGGUUUCGUCGUGGAGGGAGCUCCUGCGCGCGAAGGAGCCGAGGUAGUCAACGAAGCCGGUGAGAAGAUUGGUAAUAUCACGUCGGGAUGCCCUUCGCCGGCGCUCAAGAAGAAUAUCGCCAUGGGGUACAUCAAAGACGGCAUGCAUAAGAGUGGGACCGAGGUAGAGGUUGUGGUAAGAGGCAAAAGGAGGAAAGCGACGGUGACGAAGAUGCCCUUCAUUCCUAGCAAGUACUUCAAGGCUCCGACAACGAAGUAACGACCGGAUAGCUGAACAAUGAAAUUGCGAUACCAUCGGAGCUCGCCUAGGAGCUACUUACGUUAUCUAGUUCUCCUGUGCGAAACCAAACUUCGAGUCCGCCGAAUAUCCCAGCGCAGUUCACGCCUACCACUUAAUAUUCUCCAACUUCUUCGCGUCACUCUGCUCCCAUGGAUACUCGUGCUCAGCCGCCUUGAUCAAGUCCUCAUGCAUCUUUGACCUCGGCUUGAUCGACGUACGAUACGGCAGAGGGUGACUAAUCGCGCCAGGUUCGAACUUCACCUCCGGCUCUACUAUCUUGCCGUUCUCAUCUACAAUCUUCUCAAUAUUAAACACCGCCAGGGACUGAGCGAUGGUAAUGAACAGCGCGUUAUCGGCGACGAAGCGACCUGGACAGAUGCGGCGGCCAUAGCCGAAGAUGUAGUUGCGUGGGUCGGGCUCGGCCUUGUGAGUGGG